GGGGCGGAUAAAGCCGGGGGGUAUGGGUUGCAGGGGCUGGGCUCGAUUCUUGUUGAGAGUAUCUCUGGGAGCUGGGAUAAUGUGGUUGGGUUGCCGUUGAAAGCGGCGUUGAAGUUGAUUGAGAAGGUGGUGGCCAAGGCGGAUGAUGAGGAUGAGGAUGAUUUGUUGGAGGAUGAGGAGGAGGAGGAGGAGGAGGAGUAA